AUGUCACCGAUAGGAGCGGCGACGACGCUGCUGCGACCACCGAUGGCAGACGAUCGGGAGGCAGCAGGCGCGGCAGCAAAAGGAAAGCCCGCCGUGGGAGGAGAUGUGGACCUGUUCGCUCGAACCUGGGAGUCGCUGGACUUCGGCGUGGUGUUGGAGCGGCUGUCGAGGGAGUGCCGCACGGAGAUGGGCCGCUCGCGGGCGCUGAUACCAGAUUUCAAGACCACUCUGGAGGAGGUGCACGAGCUGUACGAGCGAGUCAACGAGGUCCUCCUGCUGGCGGGCGACGCGGUGCCGCUCCGCGCCGGCAUGGCGGUGGAGCCGCAGCUCGCCAUCGCCGCGGCCGGCUCGACGCUGGAGCCGACCGAGAUCGCCGCGGUAGCGUCGGCCCUGGAGGGCCUGUUCGAGCUCAGGGAGUUUUUCUGCGGGGCUGUGGCCGAUGCAAAGAGCCCCGGUGGUAUGGUGGAUCGGUCCGGGAAGACUCCGCGGCUCGCGGCGGUGGCGGCGGAGAUUAAGCUCGACGAGGGGCUGUUGGGCUUACUGAGGGGGGCUUUCGACUCCCAGGGGGAGCUGUCGGCCCAGCGUUUUCCGGAGAUCGGGCGGCUUCGCAGCAAGGCCGACUCCCUGCGGCAAGGCAUCAAGUCGACCAUGAGCCGGCUCAUGGCGGGAGGGGAGUUCUCCGGUAUGCUGGCGGACGAGGGUCGCGAGGCGUACGUGUCGGAGAUCGCCGGCCGCUUCGUCAUCCCGGUUACGCCCACCUACAAGAGGACCGUGGGUAUCGUGCACGACAGCUCCAGGACAGGGAAGACGCUCUACGUCGAGCCAACACAGGUGGUGGGGCCGACGAACGAGCUGGUGGAGGUCAAGCUCCAGCUCAAAGUCGAGACGCAGAGGAUCCUCAGCCAGAUGACCCUCAAGAUCGCGGAGCAUGAGGACGAGAUCCUCCAGUCGCUUGCCGCGGCGGCCGAGGUUGACCUCGCUCUGGCGCGUGGACGGCUCGGCGCCAAGACGGGAGGCACUAUACCCAAGGUGAUGAACGAGGGCACCAUCAAGCUGGUGAACGCGCGACACCCGGUCCUGCUUCUAAGGGGAAAAGCCCCGGUCGGCAACAGCAUGUCCCUCGACGCCUCCAUGCAGGCGCUCAUCUUGACAGGGCCCAAUGCAGGCGGUAAGACGGUGGUGCUCAAGACCUUGGGGCUAGUGGCCCUGAUGGCGAGGGCGGGGAUACCGAUCCCCGCGGCGCCGGGGGCGCGCGUGGACCUGUUCGACCCCGUUCUGGCCGACAUCGGGGACCUGCAGAGCGUCACCGGCGACCUGUCGACCUUCAGCGGCCACCUCGUGGUGGCGAAGGCCGUGCUGAGCGGGGCGAGGGCCGGGUCCUUGGUGCUGAUGGACGAGAUGGGCAGCGGUACCGACCCCAUGCAGGGCGCGGCGCUGGCGCAGUCCCUCCUGGAGGCGCUGGUGGACGCCGGGUCCCGCGUGGCCCUCACGACGCACUACACCCAGCUGAAGGAGCUCGCCGCCACGGACGAGCGUUUCGGCGUGUCUGCCAUGCAGUUCGUCGACGGGAGGCCCACCUACCGACUCAUCAAGGGGGCGGUCGGCGAGUCAUUCGCGCUUCAGGUAGCGGAGCGCUUGGAACUCCCGGCGUUCGUCGUGGAGCGCGCCCGGGGCUUGCUAGACGACAACACCCGCCAGGUGUCGGAGCUGAUCAGCAAGCUGGAAGACGAGAGAAACCAGCUGCAGGACCAGCUGGACAGGGCGGCCAAACGGGAGACGGAAGUUCUGCAGCAGCUGAAAAAGCUGGCCGAGGAGAGAGAGGAGGCGGCGGAGCUGCGGUCGAUGGCCAAGAGAGACGCGGCAAAGGAGUACGCCGUCAAGCUCGACGCCAACGAGAAGAAGCUCAAGCAGAUGUUCGACAAAGCUAGGAGCGAGCCCACGACCGACGUCAUCGGGAGUAGCAUAGGGGAGAUCAGGGCUCUCAAGAAGGAGGUGCAGAAGGAGGCCGCCGUGCCGACCUACACCGCCCAGGACCUCGGCCUGACUCCCCUCAAGAAGAGGGAUAGGGUGGCCAAGGGGGAAAAAGUGGUCGUGUGCGACGGGUCUUCCAUCGGCUGGGAGGGAGAGGUCCUCUCGACGUCCAAUCGCGACGUGGAGGUGUUCUUGCCGUCGGCAGAGGCGUCCAUGCGUUUCGCCUUUUCUCAGCUGAGCCGGCUACCUCCCGGGGGUGUGAAGUGGCCGGCCCAGUCGCCUUCAGGGGGCAGCCUCGCGAAGAAGCGGUACCCCGGAGGCAUCGUCGGGCCUUCGGGUGGCGCCGCUGCUGCUGACACGCCGCGGAGGAAGACGGGUACGUCGAGGAGAGUGGCGCAGUACCUCGAGGAUGACGUGGGGAGCUUCAGCAGCGGCGACGGCGACGACAACAACAAGCGAAAAAAGAAGCGUUCGGGGGACAACUACUUCAUGAGGACGGAGCGGAAUACCUUGGAUCUCCGAGGCAUGACCCUCUCCGAGGCGCAGGGCGAUUGCGACAUGUUCUUCAGCAAUGGGAUCAUGGAUGGCUCGGACGGCGUCUACCUGCUCCACGGACACGGCACGGGGGUGCUCAAGGCAGGGAUUCGACGAUGGCUGCCGAGGAACUCCAUGGUGGCCAAGUGGCGACCGGCGUCGCAGGAGGAUGGGGGCGACGCCUACACGGUUGUCGAGCUCAAGUAA